GAUUCUGUAGACGUUCGCUCGACUGGUGUCGCUUCUCGUAGUUUUGUAUAUGAUAAGCUGCAGUUCAUUAGAGGCAGAACAGUCUGUCUGUCUGGAGCAUUCCUGCAAUGUUUAUAACAUUCUCAUGCGCUUUUGAAGGAAUAAGAAGUGUGUGUUGAUACGGUGUCAGUGAACGGCAGCAUGUCUAAACGCAGCACACUGUUCAUCAGGAUCGUGGAAGGGAAGAACCUGCCAGUCAAAGACAUAACUGGAAGCAGUGACCCAUACUGCAUUGUGAAAAUUGAUAAUGAAGCCAUUAUUCGGACAGCAACAAUAUGGACGACACUGUCUCCAUUUUGGGGUGAAGAAUACAACGUCCAUCUCCCUCCCUCCUUUCGCACGGUGUCUUUUUACGUACUGGAUGAAGAUUCUCUCAGUCGAGAUGAUGUCAUUGGGAAAGUGUCGAUCAGUAAGGAGAUUCUCACAUCUAAACCUCAAGGGGUAGAUGGAUGGAUGAACCUGUCAGAGAUUGACCCAGAUGAGGAGGUGCAGGGGGAGAUCCAUCUGCAGAUAUCAGUGCAGGGAGAUGGAGAAAUCCCUCGAAAACUUUGCUGCAAGGUGCUGGAGGCAAGAGAUCUUGCAAAGAAAGAUCGCAACGGUGCAUCUGACCCGUUCGUCAGAGUAAGAUACAAUGGCAAAACGUACGAAAGCGCGGUGGUUAAAAAGUCCUGCUACCCACGCUGGAAUACAAGUUUCGAGUUUGAGCUGGAUGAGACGUCAGCUGACAGCCUGUUGAGCGUGGAGGUGUGGGACUGGGAUCUGGUUAGUCGAAAUGAUUUCCUGGGAAAGGUCCUCUUCAAUAUCAACAAGCUUCAGUCAGCGCAGCAAGAGGAGGGCUGGUUUCGCCUGGGGCCUGACAAAUCUAAACACAGUGAAUAUGAGGGAACUCUUGGUUCUCUCCGGCUUCAGUUACGGCUCCGUGAUGAGGUUGUGUUGCCGUCCAGCCAUUACAAACCUCUCACAGAGCUGCUCAGCCAAUCCGUCGGCUCUCAACUUAACGGCAACUGGCCGGAUCUCAUCAUGCUGAUGGAUGAGACCACUACAGCGGAGAGCCGACAGGAAGUGGCUAAUAAUCUAGUGAAGCUGUUUUUGGGUCAAGGGCUUGUCAAGGAGUUCUUGGAUGUUCUCUUCAAACUGGAGCUGGAAAAGACCACUGAACCCAACACUUUGUUCCGAAGCAAUUCAUUAGCAUCCAAGUCAAUGGAGUCAUUUUUGAAGGUGGCUGGGAUGCAAUAUCUCCACAGGCUUCUGGGCCCCAUAGUAAACCGAAUCUUUGAAGAAAAGAAAUAUGUAGAGCUGGACCCCAGUAAAGUGGAACUCAAAGAGGCAGGCUGUGCAGGUUUACAUCGUCAUCAGACAGAAUCUGAUGUUAUUCAGCAGAGCUGCAGUCUCCUGCAGUCGUACCUGUCCGAGUUGCUCACCGCCAUCCUGCAAUCUGCAUCAUACUGCCCCCUGCUCAUCUGCCAGACUUUCCAACAACUGUACCACAGAGUGCAGGAGAGCUUCCCUGAUCCAGAGUACCGGAAAGUGAAGUUUAUUGCUGUAACCAGCUUAUUAUGUCUGCGGUUCAUCUCCCCUGCCAUCAUGUCUCCAAAACUGUUUCACCUGCGAGAGAAACAUGCCGACGCCCGUACGAGCCGCACUCUUCUUCUGUUGGCUAAAGCUGUGCAGACUAUUGGGAAUAUGGACACGCUGACAUGCUGCUCUAAAGAGCCGUGGAUGGUGUGUUUGCAGCCAGCCAUUCAGCAAGGCAUCUGCCAGCUCAAAGACUUCAUCAUAAAACUGGUCAGCUGCCGUGAGUCAGAGGAUCUUGAGCUGCAAACACGAAUGAGUCUCCAGUGUGGCACCAUGGAGAAAGAAGGUUUCCUCUUCCUCCACAGGACCAAGGACAAGUGCAUGCCCAUGACAUCACCCUUUAAGAAGUACUAUGUCACGAUCAGCAAAGAUACUCUGUCCUAUUCCCGGACACAACACUCUAAGAAGACCUCGUCUAUCUCACUGCCAAAGAUCAGGGCGGUGGAGAAGGUGGAGGAGAAGUGCUUCGGCAGUGCUAACGUCAUGCAGAUUAUCUGGAGUGAAGCCUCUGGCCAGCAGGAGACCCUGUAUCUUGACUGCAAGAGUGUAAAUGAACUGAAUCACUGGCUGUCUGCCUUGAGGAAAGCCUGCAGUCACAACACAAACACCAUGAGCUGCUAUCAUCCUGGCAUCUAUAAAGCAGACCGAUGGAGCUGCUGCCACCAGAGGGAGAAAACAGACUCGGGCUGCGACAAAACCAGGCAUGGAGUGACUCUGCAGGAGUGGUAUGACCCGCUCGACACAGACCUUGAGGCUCAGCUGAUCUACCAACAUCUCAGUAGCGUCCAACAUGCCAUGCGAGAAAAGAAUUAUAAAGUGAGAGAGCAGCAGGGAGCUCAGGAGACAGAUUCAGUAAGAGACCAUAGGAAAGCAGAUGAACUCACAAAACUCUUCAGCGUCCUCCAAGACCUUUAUGAUUCACAUUCCGCUGUAGAAGAAGAGGAGAGAUUGAAGAAUAAAACGGUUUUCUUGGAAUUACAAACGUAAACACAAAAACUGCAAGUUUGUAACCAGUUACAUUUCGCAGAUCACAGUAUUAUUUACUCUAUGACCUCAUACACAGGUUUUAAAACCUGUUCAUAUUUGUAGCACACUUACCAGUGGAAAUCUUAAAGUAUGUUUGAUUUGCUCUUGCAUUCUUCAGAGAAAAGUAUUUUUUGCCUUGGUUGGCAGGGAUAUUUAUAGGGCUAUGACCACAGUCCCUUUAUUAGUGCGAGUGUUUGGUGUGUAAGUACAGUCUACUUAUAAUGACAUUGUAAGGAUUAUCAUUGUAGUGCAAUGAUCAAAGUUGGCUGCCAACUCAUUUUUGUGAAUAACCUAUAAAUAUUUACUGUAACUUUAUUCAUUUGCUCUAUCACGGUCAUUUAAAGUGCUUUUUACUACAAAAACCAUCGAGGGAAUUUGUAUAAUAAGUAUUUUAUUUUGACUGUAAAGGUUUUUUACUUGUUUUUAUUUUUUUAUCUGUAACAUCUGUAGUGGUGAAUCAUGAAUGCAUAUAUUCCAUACAAAACUGCAGUCCCUGUCUUGUCCUGCAUAUGUCAGUUUUGGAUAUGUACUGUAAAGACGUAUAUAGGUAUUGUGCAUUUCACAGAAACUGUGUAUUUCUGUAGUUUGUUUCACAAAAACGUUUUUACAAUUUUACACAAUUUAUUAUUUGAUCAUUUUUGAUUGUGGUUAUAGUAUUUAUCCACUAGAUGGCACUACAGUAUUAUUAAUUAUUUUAAUUAAUUUUUAAGCAGUCUUUAUAAACACAAGGCCAUUCUACACCAAGACGUAUUAUCAAAGUUCUUGAACUUCUCUGUAGGAUAGGAUUUCAAAUUCCUCUGCCGUCUUUCAAAGUCCUCUAUUUAAUUGUGGCUGUAAUUUCAACAUUCUCACGAGAACUUUUCUUUGAGGUUUGCUGUACAUUUUAACCCUCAGUCAUAGAGCUUAAUAUUGAAAUUACCUUCACAAUAUUUUAUUCAUCUUCAAGAUCCUCAAAAGGUUUUGUUAAUAAUGAAUAAUUAUUUUCCUUCAUGUUGUUCCAAAUUAGUAUGCUUUUCUUUCUUUUGUGGGUCUCAGAUAAACAUAUUUUGCAUCGUGUCUGAACUUUGUGCAAUGACAAAUGUUUUACCAAAUUCUGGGUUUAAUAAAUGAUUUCUUUUAUAUAGUGUAAAAACAAUUAUUACAGUUACAGAGAAUAAGACAGGAAACAGUAAAGGGAUUUUAAAUGAUGAACUAAUGAAGAUAUUCACAUUUGUGUAUUUAUUGAUGUAUUUGUAAAUCUAUUUGUAUUGGUUGUGAGUUUGCUAUUCACUAUUAGGUAUCACUGUGUUAGUUUGUGACUAAUAUUUUGACUAUAGAAAUAACGGUAUAGUGAUAAUUUUACAGCUGCGUUUUACAUUUGUGAUUAUAGAUAAAGGGGUGCCUUAUGUUUACAACUUGAAGAAAGAAUGUGCACAUCUGAAACAUGACCAACCCUCUCUGUUGGUUUCUCUAUUUCUGUCUCAUAGCCUGUUUACCCUGUUGUCUUUUGAGGGAAAUGAAUUAUUGUGUUUCGCCCUUCACUAUUAAAGACAUAUUAUUUCAGAUGCUAAAGAGGAGGAGAGGAUUAGUGGCUCUGAACACAACUGAGCUCUGUGUUCUUUUGUGUAUUUAAAGAGGUAAAAAUAGCUGUAUGUUUAUCUCGAAAUGGUAGGAAAGGCCCCAACUGAUGCAGGUUUGGUAAAAUAUAUUCACAGGGAUUUCUAAACUUCACAGAUGAUGACUUUUUUGCUUAGACAAUUGGCUUUUUGACGGUUUAUGGCGUUUAAUGAAUGUAGCCUAUUAUCUUAGUGUAAAGAUUCCUAGCGUUUGCUCUCCCUUUUUCAUUUUUGUGUUUCCUUCAAUUCCUCUAUGAUAUUGUACUUGUUUGUGAAACUGUUUAAUUUCAUGCAGUUGUCAAUAAAGAACGCCUGAUAAUACGAUGCGAUCUCUCUCUCUCU